UCAUCGUCUUCUCUGAUCAAAAUCCCGAAAUUUCGAUCUCUCUCACUCUGACGGAGAAAGGGUGGGGGCGCCAAAAAAAAAAACCCUUUUAUCUAGUGUUGAAAAAAAAGGCUCGAAAUUUUUGUUUUCGGCGAAAUCUGAUUCUCGUUUUCGGAGUUUUCGAAUUCGAUUCGAGGAAAACCCAGAUUUCAGCUUGGCGAUUUCUUCUUCUCCGGCAGGAGAGUGUUGAGUCACCGUAAAGGUUGGCGAUGGAGCACCAGAAUGCGGUCAAAGAAGCCCUAAAUGCGUUGUAUCAUCACCCGGACGAUACAGUGCGUGUUCAAGCUGAUCGUUGGCUCCAGAACUUCCAGGGAACUCUCGAUGCCUGGCAGGUUGCGGAUAAUUUACUUCAUGAUUCUUCCAGCAAUUUGGAGACUCUGAUAUUUUGUUCUCAGACGCUUAGAAGCAAGGUUCAAAGAGAUUUUGAAGAACUGCCACCAGGGGCUUUUCAAAAGCUGCGGGAUUCCUUAACUACAUUGUUGAAAAGGUUUCACAAAGGCCCUCCAAAAGUUCGGACCCAGAUUAGUAUUGCAGUUGCAGCCUUGGCCGUGCACGUUCCUGCUGGAGAUUGGGGAGAUGGUGGUAUAGUUAGCUGGCUAAGGGAGGAGAUGAAUAUGCAUCCCGAAUAUGUACCUGGUUUCUUGGAACUAUUGACUGUUUUACCUGAGGAGGCGUUUAACUACAAAAUAGCAGCUCGUCCUGAUCGGCGUCGUCAAUUUGAGAAAGAGCUCACUUCUCAAAUGGAGGUCGCACUAAGUAUAUUGGCAGCAUGCUUAAAUAUAACCGAACUUAAGGAACAGGUUCUUGAAGCGUUUGCUUCUUGGCUUCGACUUAGUCAUGGGAUUCCUGGAGCCAUGCUUGCCUGUCAUCCAUUGGUGCAUGCAGCUCUCUCAAGUUUGAACUGUGAUCCACUUUCAGAGGCAUCUGUGAAUGUCAUCUCUGAAUUGAUACAUCACACGGCAUCACCGAACUCUGGUGGCAUUUCUGCACAAACACCCUUGAUCCAAGUGAUUGUGCCUCAUGUUUUGAGUCUAAAGGCACAUCUGUUAGAUUCUUCAAAGGAUGAAGAGGAUGUCAAAGCCAUUGCUCGAUUGUUUGCUGACAUAGGUGAUUCCUAUGUUGAACUGAUUGCUACUGGUUCAGAUGAAUCAAUGGUUAUUAUCCAAGCCCUACUGGAGGUCACUGCACACCCAGAAUAUGAUAUAGCUUCAAUGACCUUCAACUUUUGGCACAGCCUUCAGCUUACUUUGACAAAGAGGGACUCUUAUAUUUCUUUGGGGAGUGAGGCAUCCAUUGAAGCUGAGAGAAACCGUAGGCUGCAUAUCUUCAGGCCAGCCUAUGAGUCACUUGUAUCCUUGGUUAGCUUCAGGGUUCAAUAUCCUCAAGAUUAUCAAGGUCUUUCAUACGAGGACCUUAAAGAAUUCAAGCAGACUAGAUAUGCUGUUGCAGAUGUCUUAAUAGAUGCAGCAUCGAUAUUAGGAGGUGAUACAACCCUUAAGAUUUUAUUUAUGAAGCUUCUUGAGGCCAAUGCUCAGUCAGGAAAUGAGUUUAGAGAAUGGCGUCCAGCAGAAGCUAUUUUGUUCUGUAUAUGGGCAAUAUCAAAUUAUGUAUCAGUUGUUGAAGCUGAAGUGAUGCCCCAGGUGAUGUCCUUGCUUCAAAAUCUUCCUCAGCAGGCUCAGUUGCUUCAGUCAGCAUGCUUGCUUGUCGGGGCAUAUUCAAAAUGGCUUAACGCAGCACCAGCUAGUCAGUCUAUAUUGCCAUCAGUUAUAAGAAUUCUUUUGAGUGGGCUGGGCACCUCCGAAGACUGUGCAGCAGCUGCAGCUCUGGCUUUUAGGCAUAUAUGUGAUGAUUGCCGAAGAAAUCUCUGUGGAUAUUUUGAUGGUUUAUUCGAUAUCUACUGUAUGGCGAUAAAUGGGGGAGGUGGUUAUAAGGUUUCUGCUGAAGAUUCAUUACAUCUUGUUGAAGCCCUUAGUAUGGUUGUUACCGAACUUCCUUCAGAUCAGGCCAAGAAUGCUCUGGAGAAACUAUGCUUUUUGGUUGCAUCUCCUCUAAAGGAAGUGGCUGAAGAAGGUUUGGACAAGAAACAUGCUCGUGAAUUAACUGUUCAUAUUGAUCGGUUUGCCUACCUCUUCAGGUACGUAAAUCACUCAGAAGCCGUGGCUGCUGAGAUCAAUAAGCAUUGGCCUAUCUUCAGAGUUAUAUUUGACGUUCGUCCUUGGGACGUGAGAACAAUGGAAUCUCUAUGCAGGGCAUGCAAAUAUGCUGUACGUACUUCUGGAAGAUACAUAAUUAAUACGAUUGGGGAAAUGCUUGCAAAAGUUCAGUUCCUGUAUCAACAGCAUCAUCAACCAUGCUUCCUUUACCUAUCUAGUGAAGUUAUAAAGAUUUUUGGUUCAGACCCAUCUUGUGCGGACUACCUAAAGAGCUUGAUCGAAACCCUUUUUGCACAUACGACAUGUCUUCUGACGAGUAUCAAGGAUUUCACUGCUAGACCAGAUAUAGCCGAUGACUGCUUUUUGUUGGCGUCAAGGUGUAUUCGUUACUGCCCACAUUUGUUUAUUCCUUCAGCUAUAUUUCCAUCACUUGUGGAUUGCUCUAUGGUUGGCAUCACAGUGCAGCACAGAGAAGCAUGCCACUCCAUAUUGACCUUUUUAUCGGAUAUAUUUGAUCUGGGGAAAUCUGUCAAGGAAGAACAGUUCAUCCGAAUAAGGGACGGUGUCAUUAUUCCCCGAGGCGCUACAAUCUCCCGAAUCUUGAUUGCAUCACUAACAGGAGCACUCCCCAGUUCUCGGCUAGAAACAGUAACGUACACGCUGCUAGCUCUGACACGAACAUACGGGCAGCAGGCGGUGGGAUGGGCAAAGGAAAGCAUAUGCCUGAUCCCUGAGACAGCAGUGACAGAGGCGGAGAGGACGAAGUUCUUGAAGGCAUUGUCGGAUGUAGCUUAUGGGGCGGAGGUGAAUACACUGAUGGGACACGUAGAAGAGAUCUCUGACGUGUGCCGGCGGAACAGGACCGUACAGGAGAUUGUUCAGGCGGCUUUGAAGCCACUCCAGCUCAAUGUGAUGGUUCCUGUUUCAUAGCGCUCAUACAUCAAAACACGUGUUUGGGGAUGCGGGGGAGGGAGGGGGGCCAAUUUUUUAAGUGGCCCUUUUGAUAUGACAAUAAACAUGUAGCAGUUUGUGUGUAAUGCUCAUUUCAUUUGUUGGCGUUUUUAAAGUGGGUGAGAGAACCAGAGGGUUUUGGAUGGAGAGCCAUUUUGAGUUUGGCAGUUUUUUUUUUCUUUUUUAUUUUUGUGAUUUUCGUUUGUAUCUUUCUUUAUAAAACGAGGUGGGCAUUUUUAUGAACUCUAAUGGGCCUGGGUAAUACUAUAAUGGGCUUCAAAAGCUAGCCCUUUUCCCCA